AUGGACAGAAUAAGAAAGGUGACGAAAAGCGCUGGAGAAGCUGAGACAGCGCAAGCUAGAGAAGCAGCUUGGAGAGCCCGGGUCUGCAGAUGUGAUAGCAAGACCACGGUUGCAACUGACUCCGGAGCAAAAAGCUAUAGUGGAAAGAAAUAG